UUAAUGUAUGAAUCAUAGAUUCAUCUGCACAGGAAAAGCUUUCACCUUUUUUGAUUCAUUCAUAAGAAAAGUGGAGAGACAGAGAGAUUUUGAUAAAAACAAGAAGCAUCUCCAUUACUAUACAUUGAAAGAAGUCAAAAUUAAGUUUUUUUUCUUUGUUUGUUAAAGUAGGUUUAUCUCGUUUGGGAUCUUUUGCUAUUUUUCUACAGUAUUGAAUCGACAAAAGAUAAAAGAAAAAGAAAUCGAGAGAUUUACAGUGAGAUUGUAGAGAAUGGGAUCUUCUUCUGGGCAAAGUGGGUUCGAUCUUUCUUUCAAGAUCUUAUUGAUUGGAGAUUCUGGUGUUGGUAAAAGUAGCUUGCUUCUCAGCUUCAUUUCCAGCUCUGUCGAAGAUCUUGCUCCUACCAUCGGUGUUGAUUUUAAAAUCAAACAGUUGAAAGUAAGAGGGAAAAGAGUAAAACUUACAAUCUGGGACACAGCUGGACAAGAAAAGUUCAGAACAUUGACGAGUUCAUAUUUCAGAGGCUCCCAAGGAAUCAUUCUUGUUUAUGAUGUGACGAAAAGAGAGACAUUUCUAAACUUAGCAGAUGUUUGGGCUAAAGAGAUUGAGCUCUACUCGACUAACCAUGAUUGCAUUAAGAUGCUUGUUGGCAACAAAGUCGAUAAAGAAUCUGAGAGGAGGGUUAGCCGAGAAGAAGGCAUGGCUCUAGCGAAAGAACUCAAGUGUUUGUUUUAUGAAUGUAGCGCAAGAACCCGAGAAAACGUGAAGCAGUGCUUUGAAGAGCUUGCUUUAAAGAUUUUGGAGGUACCUAGUCUUUUGGAAGAAGGAUCAAGCUCUGUGAAGAGAAAACCUGAUUACCGAACUCAUCAAAGUCGGUGUUGCUCGUGAGCUGAUUGGUUUGCCUUUUCCAAUUGGAAUGGCCUCUUUUGUGUGUAAAUUUCUCAAGAAGAUGAAACUUUGUAAAUUUUUCAAAAUCCUUAGAUCUUUCUUCUUCUUCCCUCGACUGAUAUUGUGUAGUAAGUUAAUAACCUCACCAUACAGAAGAAAAAAGACCGCCUCAUAUUCUUAUAUUGUGUUUACU